CCUGUCGCACCUAGUUGCACUUCAAUUGGAGCUAUGGGCCGGUCGCCCAGUAAAGCUAUAACACCUAGAACAGGUGGUGGUGGUACAGUUAGACAAAGGAAAACUGCGACAACUACUUCCACCAGAAGUAGAAACACGGGAGCUGGUUCUGAUGGCAUGUGGAGGUUUUAUACCGAUGACUCUCCUGGCAUCAAAGUGUAAGUAAACCUAAAAUAUACGCUAAAAUCAAAAGACAAAUAUUAAAUAAGAGACAUCAAUAAUCACAGUAUCUAUUUACAGAGGACCGGUGCCUGUACUUGUCAUGUCUCUGCUUUUUAUUGCAUCUGUUUUCAUGCUACACAUCUGGGGUAAAUAUACUAGGUCUUAA